AUGCUUCCUUUACUGACAAUUUGGUAUUCGAUUGACCAUGAUAGCGAAAAAGAUUUCUUGAAAAUAUUUCCAAGUAUCACAUCUAUCAUAUUCUUUUUCAACCCGUGGUGCGGCCAUUGUCAAAGAGCGAGGCCUUUAUUUCAAGAAUUUGCAAAACAACAUGAAAAUCUAACAAAUUUCGUUAUUGCUGAAAUUGAUUGUAUGCACACAGAUGUUCUUUGCAAAAGACAAAACGUAAAUGGAUAUCCAACAGUAAAAUUAAUCGAUGAACAAAGAAAUAUUCACGAUCAACUAAACGGAGAGAUCUCAGUAAGGUCACUCAAUAACUUUUAUUGGGAGAAAUCUUUAAAACACUUCAUAAAAUCCGCAAAUGAUAUUGAAAUCGCAGAAAAGAUUACUAAUAUAAAACAAACAUCAGUUCUAACGUAUUACUCCAAUCAAUAUGAUGACAAAUCAGUUGAAGAAUCGUACAAAGAGAAACUUUUAGAUCUUCCUAAUCCGAAACCGGAAAUUUUUAUAAAACAUGCAUCAAAGAGACAUAUAUCAAUCGUAAGAGAUUCAAUCUUCAGCGAUCCAAUAGAAUUACCUUCGAAUUACUCUUCUGAAACAAUUUCAAAUUUUUCUUUGUCUCUUUUACCAGAACUUGAUACCAACAUAAUUAACAGAUUCAAUAACUCGCAAAGAAUCAUUCUCACAUUCAUUUUACCAUCAUCAAAAUAUUUAUCAGAAAUAAAAUCGAUAAAAAAGACAAUUCUACCAAUAUCUCAAUCAGUACAGUUUACAUAUGCUAUUUACGAUAUUAAAAAUCCAUUAAUUUUUGAGUUAGAAAUAAGAAGACCAAGUCAAAUCAGUUUGUACGCAAUAAACAUGCAAACAAACAAAUAUUUGCAGUACAAUGGUAAAUUGAAUACAAGGAAUGUUGCAAAAUGGGUUGCUUCAGUAGAAUCUUCAUUUAUUAACGUGAAUUUGAGAGAUUACAUCAUAUUUGACCAUGUAAAUGAAUGGAAAACAAUGUUUAUCAUAUUGACAAUGGCAAUAGUUCUAUAUCAGUCAUUCAACAUAAGAAAGAAGAUUUUAAACAACAAAUACUACGAUGUCCUCACUGAUGAAUCUGCUGAUGUUAGAGAUUUGAUAAUAUCUCAACCAGAAAUAUAA